AUGUCGCCUUCGUACUACGCCGUGGGCUCUUGGGACGAUUGGACAGCGUUUCAUUUGCUCUGCUUCGACAAGGCCUCAAGAAACAAUUUUGAAAUUGAUGUCGCACCUAAUGCGGGGGGUCGCAGAUGGACGAUGCCAGUCCGGAGGGCACCCGGGGUAGAAGAGUUCCAGAUCGUGGAAGACAAAAGUUGGGCACGGCGUUACUUUCCAGUAGACGGAGGCCGAUCGAUUGCAGGGCCCGAAGAACGGCAUGGUGCCAAUUGGCGAGCUCAGAUACCCUGCCACUGCCGCGACCUGCAGGUCACCUGGGAUCCUGCAGGUCAACGCAACGUCAAGUGGCAGUUCAUGGACCACGCCGGAAGGCCUGUAGGACGUCCCGUGGACAGUCGUAAUUCCUCAACGGCAACAUUUUUCCUCAUUGGCUCCUGGAAUGACUGGCAGGAUUUUGUGGAGCUGCGGCCACGACCGCGGUCACGCAAAGAACCAUCAGUACUCAGUCUGUUGCGCGGGAUGCCACGCGGAGAAGAUGAACGCAGCGAUCAGAUACAUUGCGGCCGAAUUCCAAUUCACGGAGCGGGUACCGUGGAACUGCAGGUUGCGCAGGGACGUGAUUGGGAACAGCGCUUCUAUCCUGCCGAUACAUCCUCAAAUGCCCAAAUUCUCGGACCAUCACGCCCUCCGCAUGGCAUGAAUUGGCGAAUUCAUGUUCCUGACCGUUGCAGGUGGCUGAGUAUUACCUGGACCUUCGGCAGCAAGGAAAGCAGGAGUGCUCUUUCCUGGAAGUUCCUGGACCAAGAAGCUAGAGAGAUGGAUAUCUCGCAAGAACUCGACGCAUUACCUGCAAAACAAUUCCAUCCGGACGUCAAGGAGAUGCCAGCGACUGCGCUCCUCUGGCGAAUUUGCGGCGGCUCCGAAACAAACGGUGUCAUUGUUCGCAUGGGGCCCGCCAUCCACUCCCCUCAGGCAGAGACUCGCCUAUCCACCGGUUCCAUCGUCUGGGAACUCGAAUUGCGCGGAGCCCGCUUGCAUUUCCGCAAGCUGAGAGGCGAAGGUCCCACUGAGGGCUGGAUCAGCACCACUGUCAACCGGAAGGUACUCGCAGACCGCUGUGUACUGGAAGAACACCCCGUGCCUGGCAUCACAGAGAUGUGCCAGCGCAGCUUGAGCUGCAACACCCGGCACAUCAAGUCGGCAUUCUGCGACGUCAAUGACAUGGAGCUCUUCGAGGCCCUCUGGUCUGAGCUCGAUGUUUCGGGCAAGUACAGGCCGCCUGGUGGCAUGGCGUUCGUUGACAACCGAUACAGGACGGAAAUUGACUUGGAGCUUGUCGCGUCUGCUUUCAUCCUUCGGACGUUGAUCGCCACGUUGAAUGUGGAGAUGCUCAUGUGGUGGGCGAACGUCUAUGAGGAUGGUUCCAGCGGCUGCGAUUUUCAUCGCGACUGUCAUCUUCGGCACAAUGUGAAUGUGACAGUCAGUGCCUCUUUUGGUGCAGCGCGAGAGCUGGUCUUCCGCCUGGAGGAGGGAGAGACCGAGAUCCCCUUCCUUCAAGCAAAUGGCGACAUCAUGGCAUUCAACGACUGGGUGGAUGACCACUUUCUGCACCGAGUGUACCCGCAGAGGGAGGCUACAGGCCCUCGCAUUUCCAUCAUCCUGAUGGGGCGAACCAGCAUCUUUGCAGAUCAGACGGACACGCUGGUCAUCAAGCAGCACCAUGAGCUUCUGCAACAAAGCUGCCGGCGCAUUGUCCGAGAUUCGCUGCCUGCAGUACUUCAGCGUGAGGCAAGGCUGCAGGAGCACAAGGAACAUCUUGAAGCGCGGCUAGCAGAGAGACGAGCAGCCACCAGUCUGAACCCGCUCAGUGCUCACACGAGCAUUUGCUCCAGAGACACCAUCAGGCUGGAAAAGGAGCUGCAACACACUUCCGGAAAGCUGCAGGCGCUCCGCGGGCUG